ACUCAAUUCAAUGCCAUGUCCUUCAUCUCUCUUCAACUUACCCUUCUCCUUCCCCUAUUAUCUUAAGUGCUAGUCUUAAUUAAGCGAAACCCUAAUAUCUUAGAACAUUUUACCCAAGUUACUAGCUAGCUAAGUUACAUAUAUAGUACAUCUAUCUUGAUUCUUGAGAUAAGAUCUAUCCUAAAAUGUCCACCAUAGUGUAUCACCAUCAUCGCCAACAUGAGAGAAACAAUAAUAGCAAUAGUAAUAAUCCGCAAUCAUGUUACGAGACUGCGAGUAUGAGACUGAGGGUUCCCUCAUCCCUGUCUCCAUGUCUAAACGUCCAGGAAGACGAUGAUGGAUGGAGUUCAAUCCAAACUCUCUCCUCUAACGCCAUCGCUUCGCGUGUCCGUCGUCAUAAGUCACCUUGCCGUAGAAUGAGCGAAAAAAGUCUCGCCAUGUGUACCGAGAUUCUCGGGAGUGAAACAGGUGUUGAUUUUAUCGACAACGACCUUCUCUCGAGCUUGAUUUCCUCCCACACGCCGCUGAGUAUGCAACAAGACGAUAAACUAAUAAAAAAAAGCUCAAACAUGAAGAAGAGAAAUUCAAGGAAUAAUAACUUUCCACCUCCACUUUCAACAAUAAGGGGGGCUACUUCUCUACACCUCACGUCACGCCGGGAAGGCGGCAAGUUGGAAAUCAUGGCGGCUGAGGUCCCGUCGAGGAACUCAUUCCGUGAGGUCGACUCGAGCAAUGGUCGCCUCAAGCUUUUCUAUUUCAGUGACAAUGAAACCAACAUGGAGGGGAGUGAAAAUGAAGAAAUUCAAGGAAAGAAUAUUAUUGAAGAAGAUGGAGAGGAGAAUGAAUUGGGAGUUGAUGUUGAAAAGGGAAUAGAAAAAUGCUUGGGCGGGAGCGGUUGCAAGGAAGGUGGACAUGGUAAUGAGGGGCGGUCGUCCCAUUGGGAGAAGGCGUUGUUGGUUGCAAUUUAAAUAAACAUUAUUAUUGUUGUUUUUGUUCUUAUUAUUGUGAUCACAACUACAAUUAUGGUAAUAAUGAUAAUUAUUAUAAUUCAAAAUCGGGGUUCUCUAGCUAAGGCCAUAUUUAAUUUUGAAAACUAGGGAGUACUACAUAUUCCAAUUGUCCAUCUUCGGAUCUUCCAUCUUCAAGACAUGAACCUUCUUACACUAAUAUUGG